CUCCGCUCCACUCAUUCAUCCCUCGUUCUGCCAGCUGCAAGGCAGUGAGCGUGGCUGAAGGACACGGCGCUCCACUCGGAUUUGGUGGAGGGACUUUGAGAACCUGUUCCGACAUGGGGGGGGUAGAUACAUUCAUACCAUUACCCCUUACCCUAACCCCCCCUCCUCUUUCUUCCACUCUUUGAAUGUCACCUCUGUGUCUGGAAUGAUGGAUCGCUCCACGUCUUUUCUACCACUUCUCUCAGGAUGAAGUCCACACUGUGAUGCCAGGAGGGCAUGAAGGACUCUAAAUGGGGGGGAGGGGGGGCAAAAGGGGCUGCUUCCUUCUUUCGACCCAGCUCUACGAGCUGAUACCUCAGGUCCGGUCUGCACUUCUUGAACUUGCGCUGUCAUUGUGUCGAGCGGUGCCAGGAGGAGCUGCUCACUGGACGGUUGACAUUUGAGACAAUGAUAUGGGCUUCAUCCACAGGACUGAUGUGAAGGGACUACAUUUUUGUCAGUGUCCACUUUAAGGAUUCCACAAUUGGGCAAAUCGUGGAGCCGAACUUCUUCCCCGUAGCUCAAGGAGACCGGCGGUGGUGGCACGAUGGACUGAACUGCUUUAUUCGCGUGACAAAAACAUGACAAACCCAAACCGAAGAACACAAACAAAUCAAGGCUUCACCUGAUUGGGAUCUUCCAUUUCCGUUUUUAAGAGUUCACCCCGUCUUUUCUUUCCUCCAUCUUCAUUUUUUCCUGCUGCCCCAGCUCAUCAUCAGAAGACGUCCCCUAGCGCUGCUCCGUCGACCUGGGUGAGUGGGCUGGGGGGUGGCCCACAGUACCCCCCGACAUCUGGGCGCCAGCGGGGCGCUGGCGGCUAGUGAGGCAGCGGCAAGGCCUGUGCUGGGAAGAUGGCCGCCCUUGCCAGCUCCCUCAUUCGGCAGCGUCGGGAGGUCAAGGACCCCCAGACCAACCGGCAGAUUGCCAGCAAGCGGAAGCCGUGCCCGAAAAGCAACAAGUCACUCUGCCAGAAGCAAAUCCUCAUUUUAAUAUCCAAGGUUCGAUUAUGUGGCAGUCGGGGAAGAAAAAUGGAAAAAAGGCCAGAACCGCAGCUGAAGGGCAUCGUCACGCGACUCUACUGUCGACACGGCUUCUACCUCCAAAUGCUGCCGGACGGCACCAUGGAAGGCACAAAGGACGAAAGCAGCUCCUUCUUGCAGUUCAACUUGAUUCCUGUGGGCCUCCGGAUAGUUGCCAUCCAGAGCACUAAGACGGGGCUCUACGUGGCCAUGAACAGCGAGGGCUACCUCUACACUUCGGAACACUUCACGCCAGAGUGCAAGUUCAAAGAGUGUGUGUUUGAGAACUACUACGUCACCUACUCGUCCAUCCUGUACAGACAGACGCAGUCGGGCCGGGCCUGGUACAUUGGCAUCAACCGGGACGGGCAGGUCAUGAAGGGUAACCGUGUCAAGAAGACAAAGGGAGCCGCACAUUUUCUACCUAAACUCAUUGAAGUGGCUAUGUACAGGGAACCGUCCUUGCACGACGUUGCCGAGCAGAGUCCGCCCAGGAAGACGCCCAAAACCUCCAGUGACUCACCUGUGCUCCAGAAUGGCAAAAAAGACCCUGAAACCAAAACAAAAACCUCUUCCUCCUAGCGCUUAGAAACAAAGGGGGAUGGAAGGAAGCCACCAAAAGGACACCUGAACAGGGUUGCCAGAUCUUAUAACGAGACUUUUUGGCUGCCACAGUCGGUACCAAGCCUCAAAACAAUAUUUGCCGUCCACCUCCAUGUCCGAGCCUCUGUGUGAACAUAAUCUGGGAAGCAAUAACUCCAAGGAGAGGCGUCUCCACGCAUCAGACACUGCGUUACGUAAGCUAGAAGGGAAGAACCAGAUGCCUUCUUGCCAUAACCACUGACUUUAUCGAUCCAGCACCCGAGUCUUCCUGGCUUUUCUCACAAUGGGUGCAGUAGUGAAAUGUUGUUUGGGUUUGACUGGUUCCCAUCUGCUUCAUCUUUCCAUGCAUUUCAGCAACCUUGACAGAAGCCCUGUGUGUGUGUGCGUGGGCGUGUGCGUGUGUGUGUUCCAUUUACCACUGAUGUGAUUUGAUGAAUUUGUGACAUGUACUCAAUUUUCCACUCUGUGUUAAUGGAGUUGAUCAGAAUCCGUCAACCUUUAAACGAGGAGCCUACAAGGCAUCCUCUGUACACUGCGCACACAUACACACACGUAAUAUGCAUUCAUUCCCUCACAAACACAAAAGAGGCAGGGGUGAAUGUUUUGACUGGCGAGGAGGAUUACAAUUAGUAUAUGAUACAAUGAUAUACCAGAUGGCUAUAUUUGUGCUUCAUUCAAUAUGUUGAUGACACGUUUGAAGCAAAAUUGCAUGACGGACGCAACAGACUGAGAUGGCAACAAAAGUUGAAUUACAUAAAGGCCUAUAUGAAAGUCUACCCUGUAUAGAAUACUUCCCGUCAUUCCCAAAAUAAUGGGCAAGUGCAAUGUUGCUCAAGAAGCAACAUUUCAAGGGUGUAAUAAACAGAAAGAAAGAUCUUUAUUUUGACAUAAUAUUUUGAAUUCAGUUAACCCAUUAAAUAUUUCCAUUACUGUUACAUUUGUGCCAUGCCAGUAGGUGUUAACGAUACUUUCACACCCCGCAGAAGCACUUAAACCUUAAUUAAAUGGCUAAAUAGACCUCCAGGUUGCCAUGUUUGACCAGUCAUCCCCCAUGGAUCACAAAGUCCAUUAAAUGUUUGACUAUUCCUCACAAAGUAAUUACACAAAUGUUUAAUUAAACAAAGACGCUGCAAGAAGAGAAUUAAGACCGUCAUCAGAUACUGCUUAGAUGGCAGUCUGAAAGAUUUAACUGUGAUGGAAAUAGAAAAAAAAAAAAUACAUCUCACAUAGCCAUAACUAUUUGAUUCUAAGGGCUGGGACAUCUAUGUUGCAAUAUUUUCUUAUAAAUGUUUGUUUUCACCGUUAACUUUAAAUCAAGAAGCAAGAAGCUGUAAAGGGCUGAUAGCAGCUUGUUGUGGUGUUGUUUGGGGCUCAGGACGGAACUUAGAAAUAAUAGAAAUAUAAUAUAAGUAUAAUAUGUAUCAAUGUAAUAAUGAUGUAAAAUAGAAAGCAUGCAUUGAUUUUUGAAGUUUAAAGGUUUGAGGUGGGAUGCUUUGGGCAGGGCUACAGGAAAAAACAUUACCUUUUGUUUGUUUUGAUGCAAAAAAGAAUAAUAGCACAUUAGCAACCUCUAUGUGUUUUAAAUGCUUUAAAACAGCAGUGGUCAUUUCUGUUUGGCUCCAGGGCUCCCGCUGUUGUUGUGGAGUGCAACUAAUUACACUCCAUGUUAAACACUGUGGGUUUGCCAUUGCUUUCAGAGGAUGCAAAGGGAGGGGGAGUUUUAGCUAUGGUGUGUGGAUAUGAACGGGGGUUAAACUCUAGAAUUCGGAGGCAUGCACCCGUCUCCUCCUCGGGGACUCCCUUGCCUCGGUCAAUUCUCUCCAUGCUUACUGAGCAGACUGCAGCGAGGGUCAUCCCGGGCUGAGCAAGAGAGGCUGGCGCUCCUGGGGGAGUUCCACAUCUCUAACAUUAACCUGGUUGUUGUGCAUGUGUGCGUGCGUGCGUGUGUGUGCGUGUGUGUGUUUAGGACCAUAUACAGGAUGGUGAAUCUUUGUGUGUGAGUUGAGGGAGAAUCAAUGAGCUGGAGUCCUUGGACAAAAAAACAAUCAACACUAUUAACAAGGUGCAGCCACCACCAUGUCUGGGAUGGGGGGAAUGAAGUGGUGGAAGGGGAGGGCAGCUGCAGAUUAAUAUUGAUAUCGAACACGUGUAAGCUUUUAUUUUUCUUUGCCCUUUGUGUGUGUAUGUGUGUGUGCAUACAUUACGUUGAGGUGGAGUCCCUUCACCACAUCUGCAAUGCAGCAGAAAACACACCAAAAAAAAGAGAGAGUAACGGGGGCAGGGAGGGGGAGCUCUGACAAAAGAGUGACGCUGUCCUCUCUGACUUUAUUUUAUUUUUAGACGUCAAGCUCGCCCCCAUAUGUGACUAUACUGUAUUAUCAUCAUGAUUAUUAUAACUAGCUAUAGGGAGUAAUGCAAAGUGAUGGGACUGGCAGACGUUGGAGCACUAUACCAGCACAGAUGUGGUUACACGAGUGACCUUUACAUACCUGCAACACAACACACACACACACACACACACACACCACACCAUGGAGGGACUCCCAACCAAAUGCAGCACAGAGUGUCAUCAGUGUUUCAAUGCAGUCCGUUUUACGUUUCUAUUUAGUUUAAGAAUAUAAUUGGGACUUUGCUGUUUGUUUUUUUUUAAGUGGUGGGGUUUUUUUUGCCCUCGAAGGUGGGUUGUAAGAAAAAGAAAAGCAAAAACCGUCUUCCUCGUCUUCCUCCUGAUCUGCUCGAACCAACUGGCUGACCUCCUAACCUUUCACCUCAUCAGCUGACUUAAACUGCACACCGUCUCUCAUGCACCUUCUACCUUUAACGUGUAUGAGUGAUCCAUCAAUCUACGACGCAUUAUUUUUGUCGUUCUUUGUAUUGCAUGGACACUUGUGACAAAAAAAGAAAGACUUCCAGGAAAUCAUUGUCUUCCAAAUGCAAAAAGAGCGCUUUAGUCUCCCAACUAUCAAAGGUACAAUGACACUAUUUUUGUAUACAACCACGCAAAAAAAUAUAUAUCUUUCUAUAGAACCCAUGCAGGGGUGGCAUGUGUGCAACAGCUUCACCUGUUGCUCUGGAAUGGAAAACCACUGCUGGACACCACCCAAAAAAAGAGCUGAGAUGGACGACACACUGUGAAGGAGCAAAGGCGGGGCGGGUGGGUGGUCUUCCAGAGUCACAAAAGCGGGACAAGCUUGCAUGCUCCAAAUCAUUUACUGGACACAAAGAAACAGUCUAUGCCCUCUAUUUACUCUUUAAACCCUUACCUUUCAUGUGCAAUAUGAUCUGCAUUUAUUUCUAUGAUAACUUACACAAAGUCAAGGGAGACAUACUAUUGGAUAUCAUUGAAUAAAACAACUAAUAUAUUUGUAUGAUUGUAACACAAGUGGUCAGAGUGUUUUUUUAUUGUGUCUUUUAAUCUGAUAAAAAAAUGCUGUAACACAGACAAAAGAAAUUACCAAUAUGAC